AUGAUUAUUUAUUUGUUGUUUGCAACCAAUAGUGAUAAUCAUAUCAUAUUACAAUCAUUUACAUUUAUAUUGGUAUUUUAUUUUAUAAAGAAGAUAUUUGUAUUACCUGAUGUAUUUAAUAUAAUUGUAAUAGGAUUUAUUAAUUAUACUAUAAAGAUUAAUAUUGAAGUUAAACAAAAUAAUAUAGUUAAUACAGUUUAUAACAUUGUAUUAAAUGCUUUUCUUAUUAAAGUAAUUCAAACAUUUGAAUGUUUAAUAAAAUUAGCUUCAAAUAGUAUUACUUAUCAUGAGUUUCAAACUAUUUUAUUAGAUUAUGAUAUCAUAAAAUAUGUUAAAAAUUUAUUGUAA